GGUCUAUAAACACAGAACAGUCUGCAGUGGUGAAGAAGCUCCUGUGUUCCAGCAGCUGAGGUUUGUUUUUGGUCGGAGUGAGUUUCACUCAUUCCUGGGGUUCAGGGGACCAAUAACGAGGACACAAUGCGAGUGCACGUACACACCAAAUUCUGCUUCCUGUGCAUUCUCACCUUCAUCUUCCAUCACUGCAACCAUUGCCACGCGGACGGACAUGACCACCCAGCCGUCGGACAUCAGCACAACGACCGGCAGAUCUCCGAGGCUCCGUAUGUCCGAGCCACCACCAAGUCCGACGCUCAAGAAGGGGGACCUCUAGAGGAAGAGCAGCGUUUCUACAUCCAGAAGCUGUUCAGUCACUACGGACAGAAAGACCGCUUGGACUUCCAAGGCUUCCAGAGUCUCCUGAUGAGUCUGGGUUUAGGUGAAGUGAAGUUGGUAGGUGUGGAUCAUGAGGAUCUGGGUCAUGACCAUGUAACCCACCUUGACCUGCUGGACGUUCAGGAAGGGCUUCACUCACACUCAUCCUCUAGCGACGGCCACAAUCAUGACCAUCACAAUCAUGACCAUCACAAUCAUGAUCAUCACAAUCAUGAUCAUCACAGUCAUGAUCAUCACAGUCAUGAUCAUCACAGUCAUGAUCAUCAUGACCACAAGCCCCGUCCUCCACAAACAGAACAGGUUCCCACACGAUGCAGCCACACCACUCCUUCCAGUGCGCCUACUGGUGAGCCGAGUGGGAACCAGGAACAGUCUGAUCAUGAUAGGCAUGGUUACAACCGGGAUGAGGACCACCCACACCAGCAAACAGAGGUACAGGCCAGCCGCAAACAUCUGACCUCUGUGCACCGUGACCACAGAAACCACAGCCAUGACCGACACAAUCACACCGACGGACAGCUGGAGCCGCCGGUCGGUCCGACGCAAAAUCCACCCAGGAGGACCAGGAGGCCGGGAAAGGUCAGAGGCCAGCGGAGGCCCAACAUGUUACCGACACCUGAAACACCUCAAUCUGGUGGUCAUGACCACGCUCAUAAAGACAAGAGAGAGGCUCCAGGUGUGGCUGCUGUGGUUCCAGCUUCACCAGUGCUUACAGAACAUCCAGGUGGAAUGACGCACCAGCAUGAGAAGUGUUUGAACCUGACUCAGCUCCUCACCGACUACGGCCUGCAUCCCGACUCGGUCAUCUCCCCCAGCGAGUUCACCUACCUGUGCCCCGCCCUGCUCUACCAGAUAGACAGGCGCCUCUGCAUCCGCCAUUUCCAUCAGAUGGAGGUGGAGCAGGAAGCCCUGGAGUCCAUCAGUUCUGUGUGGGUGUGGAUCUGGGGCUUCGUCUCCAUCACCAUCAUCAGCCUGCUGUCCCUUCUGGGGGUCGUUCUCGUCCCCAUCCUCAAGCAGUCCUGCUUCAAGUUCCUGCUCACCUUCCUGGUGGCGCUAGCGGUGGGAACGCUCAGCGGAGACGCUCUCCUUCAUCUGCUGCCUCACUCUCAGGGCCAUCACGACCACGACCACAGCCAGCACGACCACAGCCAGCACGGCGCCGGCGCCGAUACCGAUCUGCUCACGGCCUUCGACGGCGUGUGGAAGGGCCUGACUGCGCUGGCCGGCAUCUACCUCCUCUUCAUCAUUGAGCAUUGCAUCGGGAUGUUCAAGCAUCACAGAGACAAGAGGGAGCUGAGGAGGCAGCACCAGGAGAGGAACAUCGGCAGGAAGCUGUCGGACCAUCAGCUGAGCCGCCGCUCCGACGCAGAAUGGCUGAACCUGAAGCCUCUGGCAGAAGACCCGGAGAGCUCCGUCGUUUCCUGCGACAACGCGCACAACGACACGCAGCUCAGCGAGCUGCAGCCGCCCGACUCCCCCACCACCAAAACGCCGCUGGCGCCCGCGGGCGCCAGGCAGGACCGGCCGGCGCCCGGCACGGACGGAGGCCGCAAGGCCCGCAAACACGGACACGGACACGGACACUCCCACGGAGGGAACUGCCACUCGGACCAGGAGAUGAAGGACGCCGGCAUCGCCAGCAUCGCCUGGAUGGUCAUCAUGGGAGACGGGAUGCACAACUUCAGCGACGGCCUGGCGAUCGGCGCGGCGUUCAGCUCCAACAUAACGGGAGGCAUCAGCACGUCUGUGGCCGUCUUCUGCCAUGAACUACCUCAUGAACUCGGGGACUUUGCGGUCCUGCUGAAGGCCGGCAUGUCGGUGAAACAGGCCAUCGUCUACAACCUGCUGUCCGCCCUCAUGGCGUACGUCGGCAUGGUGAUCGGCACCGCCGUGGGCCAGUACACGCACAGCGUCACCAACUGGAUCUUCGCCGUCACCGCCGGCAUGUUCCUCUAUGUGGCGCUGGUGGACAUGCUGCCGGAGAUGCUGCACGGCGACAGCGAGGAGCACAAGCGCUGCCACCUGGGCCACUUCGUCCUGCAGAACGUCGGCAUGCUGACCGGCUUCGCCAUCAUGCUGCUAAUCGCCAUCUUUGAGGACCGCAUCGUGUUCGACUUCGGCUUCUAGCGGCCGGACGAGCCUGCGUCCAUCCUGCAUGCGCUCCGUUCAUCUGCGUGUCGCGUCGUGCUGCUAGCGAUGUUUACGAAGCACAACGCCCAUCUGUGUCGUCGUCUUGUCCUUCGUCAAGUCCCACCUGCUGAUGUCAUCACGCUGCGUCCUGACGGGAACAGAAACAUUCCUCCGCACAAUAUGUCGUGUUUUUACGUCGUCUGGGUUUGUAGGGAACCUGGAUCGGUAGAGUAGCCGCCAAACAGGGCUGGGCGAUAAAUUCAAUUCACCCCUGAGUCGGUUUCUUGGUUUAUGAAGAGUAUUUUUUGUAAAAUCUGGAUUUUUUUCCACCAAUACAUCCUUUGCUUCCAGAGUUCAGCGGACAUUUUGUUUCGAAAUCAUUUUUUACAGCUUCUGUUUUUCUGGACUAUACUUGAUUUUAGUUUUAAAUUAUGAGAAUAAAUAUGUACAACAAUAGUUAAAUAAUACAUUAAAGACGCAAGAAUAAAGUUGUAAAAUUACCAGAAUAUGUUUGUGAUAUUAGGAAAAUAAAGUCGUAAUUUUAUGAGAACUCCAAUUUGAGGAAUAAACAAACAUAAUAUUUGCUGAG